AGGUGCAGGACAAGUCGACACAUUAAGUUAAGCUGAGCUUUGCCUAAUGGAACCUAGUUAUACAUAUACAUGACAUAUCCCAACUAUCUGUUUUAUGUUCAUGUUUAUGGGACAGUAAGUAUUUCAGAGGUAAUCUCAUAUACGCAUUAAACUCGCAGCAAUAUAAUCGUAGCAAACAAAUAAAGUAUUACUGUAAUCUGAAGAAGGCAGGAAAUAGUAUUAUUAUGUAAUGAUUGGCAGCCCAAGAUUACCCGCCAAGUAUAUAGGGAGAAAACUGACAAAAUAACCGCCGCACGUGUGGAUGAGGAAACAAGAGAAAGAAAGUAUGAUGGGAAAUCUGAAAGCCAACUAACACACUCGUGCAAGAAUGAAUCCCAGAAAUCCAUAAAUGAAAGAGAGAAAGAGAAAGAGAGAGAGAGAGAAGAGAUGUGUUGUGUUGUAUGAUGUGUGAUGUGUGUGUUGACCAGGUGUCUUGUGGGUGAGCUACCAGCCUCUCCUCUCACACACUCUCAAUGGCGUUGAAUUCUUUAAUCAACUCAUGCACCUUUCCUGCUCUUUUCUUCACCUCCUCUUUCAUUUUUCUUAUUACUCUCUCUUUUCCUUCACCCUAUAUAGUACUAUUUCUUAAUUACCUUUUUCUUAUUAACACUUCUUAAUCUUUUCUCUUUUUCGCUAUUAUACCAAUUCUUCUACUCUUUUUUCUUUUUCGAUUUCCUUAAUUCUUAUUACUCACUGCUAUUAUCACUAAUUCAGCUCCCUAACUAGCUACCACACCAAGCUUUCCCUGUUUCUUCAAUAUAACCCACCAUUAUUUAACACAUCAAACAUGGGUAGAAUUCCUUGCUGCGAGAAGGAAAACGUAAAACGAGGCCAAUGGACUCCCGAAGAAGACAACAAACUCUCUUCCUACAUCGCCCAACAUGGCACCCGUAAUUGGCGUCUUAUUCCUAAGAAUGCUGGUCUCCAAAGGUGCGGAAAGAGUUGUAGGCUGAGAUGGACAAACUACCUAAGACCUGACCUUAAGCAUGGCCAGUUCUCCCAAGCAGAAGAAGAAACCAUAAUGAAGCUUCAUGCUGUUGUGGGCAACAGAUGGUCACUCAUUGCUGCUCAACUUCCUGGUCGCACUGAUAAUGAUGUCAAAAACCAUUGGAAUACCAAGCUAAAGAAGAAGUUAACAGGCAUGGGAAUUGAUCCAGUUACGCACAAGUCUUUCUCUCACCUAAUGGCUGAGAUUGCAACCACACUAGGACCCCCACAGGUUGCCAAUCUAACUGAGGCAGCCCUUGGGUGUUUCAAGGAUGAAAUGCUCCAUCUCCUCACCAAGAAGCGAAUUGACUUCCAGCUGCAACCUAGCAGUUCACAAGGAAAUAUGAAUGCCACAUAUGGUAUGAGUACUAAGCCAGACGCCAAGGAAGAUACCGUAGAGAAGAUCAAACUUGGAUUAUCAAGGGCAAUACAGCAGCCAGACAUGAUAAUCUCAAACAAGCCUUGGGAAACAACUGUAGGAGCAACACAAACUCAUGUCAAUGGGGGCUGUAAUGCAUUUACUGCUUUUCAGUAUGGUCAAUCUGCUUACAUUGCUGAAGAAGAUGGAUCACCAUGGAACCAAAGCAUGUGCUCCACAGCAGGAGACCAACUAGGGCACUUGAAACUCGAAGAUGAAAAUGGAGAAGAGUCUGAAGGUGGAAAGGAGAUUAGAAAUGGAUCCAGCAUAUUUAGUACCGACAGUAUCUUGUGGGAUUUACCAUCCAAUGACCUAAUGAACCCCAUGGUCUAGACUUUCCCAGAUAGUAAAGGGGGAAAAAAUAGAAGAAGGGGGGGGGGGGGGGGGAGGAGAUUGCAUAGCCAGUCUUUUAGAAAUAAUGUAUUUCAUUAAUCUUCAACCUGAUACUACAACUGUAAAUAAGCUACAUUUAUGGACGAAUA